AGCCUUGCAGAAGGCCACUAGUUUCUGAACAGGCACAUAAGCUAAGUGUAAUAUCAACCCUAUUAAACAUUAGUGCUUUUUCCGAGCAUAUUCGGAGCUCGAAGAUCACCCCUCGGCUCUUGAAGCUCUGGGAAAGAUUGAAUAGAGAAAGAAGGAAGAAGGAAAUUUUUUAAAAAAUACAAAAUAAAAUAUAGUACAACCCUCUUCUACGUAGUUCAGUUUUUGUAUACCUCAUAGUGAAAAUUUCCAAGUGCGGCAUCGAAUCAAUUUUAUAUGCUUUGUGCGUAUAUGAAAGUGCCAUUGUUACUAAAUAUUAUUAUUGAUAUUAUUACUGUUACCAUAAUUGUUCUUUCCACAUCAACCGUAAACUAUUUUUUCUCUGAUUCCUUUUCGUUGAAGUUUUGAAAGCUUCAUUUGUUGUUGGUUUCUAGGACUUUUAUUAGCAACGUUCCAUCGCCAAGAUAGUGCAGCUGUAAUUGGACGCACAGGGGAAGCUCAAUUGCUAUUUUUUUAAUCGAAAGAAUAAAUCUAAACGGGAAUUGGAAUUAUACAUUAAAAAAUUUGAUCGAUCAUCAUUACCGAAGAUUUUGAAAAUUUUGAACUUUAAAUAAAUUAUGGAAGAACUUGAAGUGCAAGGAGAAAUAAUGGAUAAGGUUGGUAACCUUUCGUUCUCUCCACCGCCGAUGAAAAAAUCUGACACGAAGGAUAGCAUCUCUUCGAUAGACAGUGACGUCAGUUUAUCCUUCGAUCGGAGGGGAUCCAAAGGUGAGGAAGCCGAUUUUUCGGAUAGCGGAAGUUCAGAUUGCGAUGGAAAAUCGUCGUCUAGCAAUAAAAAAAUGAAAACAAACGAUCAGGAUUCCGGAGCAGAUUCCUUGGAUGAUGUAAUUUCUCCGGAGUUGAACGUCCCCGUUCCAACGAAGACGAAAACUAAUCCAUCUAACGGAAAUUCUGAGGAAGAAUUUAUUCCGCCGAGCGACGAUCUGGCUGAUAAAAUUUGUGCUCAAGUAGAAUUUUAUUUCUCCGAUGAAAAUAUCGUGAAAGAUGCCUUCCUAUUGAAGCAUGUCAAACGGAACAAGGAAGGAUACGUAUCCUUGAAAUUGAUAUCUAGCUUCAAAAGGGUGAAACACCUCAGCAGAGAUUGGAGAGUCGUUGGCGCAGCGCUAGCCAGGUCGAAAAAAUUGGAGGUCAAUGACCUCGGUACGAAAUUGCGAAGAUUGGAUCCACUUCCUGUCUACGAUCAAACUACACCGUCUAGAACAAUCCUAGCGGCAAGAUUACCGGUAGACAAAAUAUCAGUUGAAACUGUUGCCGAAUUGUUUAGUUCGUGUGGUGAAAUUGCUUUAAUAAGAGUAUUGAGACCCGGACAUCCGGCUCCUGCGGAAGUAAGACAAGCUAUUGCGAAAAGACCGGAACUUGCCACGAGCGAUGAAUGCGCUUUGGUCGAGUUCACGGACUCGGCAUCGGCCAGAAUUGCUCUUCAAAUGAACCUUGGCGAUAUGCGUGUUUAUGAAUUACAACAAUCAGCGGAAAAGAAGCGGAAACAACAACCUAACAAAAAAAGUGCCGUUGCCAGAAUUUCCAGGGAAGAAAUUUACAAUUCAUCAAGUUGCGCCAGCGGAUCUGAAGCCGAAGAUUCUCGGUCGAGACAUAGGCGACCGGUUCACGGACAUCCAAUUUAUCCCAUGGCUAUGUACCCCGGGCAACCGUACCAAGGUCCUCCGUCACCGGAGUCUUGGCUAUCGAGGAGAUUAUCUUCAUGUUCGAUGUCUGGAUCCGAUACCGGUUAUAUAUUACGUCGUCUCUCAUCUUGUUCCGGUUCUGGAUCUGACGGUGGUGGAUUCGGACGUAGAUAUUCGAGCUGUUCUUCAAGUUCGGAGACAGGAUAUCAUCACCCGAUGUAUCCUACGCCUGGAGGAUACUUUCCUCAAAAUCGACGUUUCUCUUGCUGUUCCGGUUCAGGAUCCGAAUGCGGAGGAGGAUUUAGUCCCUCUAGACGGGGUUCUGCAGAGUGCGGACCAUUUUUACGGAGACUUUCGGCUUGCAGCAGAGAUUCGGGUUUCGAUCCAGGCGUGAGAAGACUUUCCGCAUGCUCUUCCGCAUCCGAUGCAUCCUAUUGUAAAUCUAGAAGCAAUAGUGGGGUCGGUGCUCCACAUCUUCCCGAUAACGUUACGAGAAUGCCAUCCGGCCCGGAUGGAACCCGAGGUUUUGGAAGACCGCCGAGAAUGAAUUUAAUGAAUUCAAUGACCCCACUCAUGGCGGGACCCAUUGGACCAACGUGCUGAGAAAAAAGAAAAUAUUGAAGACAUUUUCUUUGUUUUUAUUUCUUUCGUACAAUGAACUGAACUUUGGGUAUGAUCCCCUUUUGCCAUGGACUAGAUCGCGCGUGGGUUUUUCACCACAUUUAGCAUUAAAAAAAAAGAUCAUUUGAAAAGAGCUUCGAAAAUCCCGUAUUUAUGAUAUCUACUCGUUGCGAUUUCAGCUAGAUUCUAACUUUCGUUUUAUUUAUUGUUUAAUUUAUUAAUUGAAUCUUGUAAGGUAUCGAUAAUAUUAAUUUACCGAAAUGUAAAUUACGUGGCCUACAUGUAAUGUAAUGAACAUGUAUAAUGUUUUUUAUAUAAUAAUGCUGAAGAAUGUAAGUUUGGUGCGGAGUUGUGUAAUAUCUUUUGUAUAAUGCUUGAAGCACGAUUAUCGACACGUGAUACGUGUAUUUAUAUUACACUGUGUUCCUUGAAGUAGAAGAAGAAAAAAAAUCAGUGAUAAAGUGAUGUUUGAAUAAUGUUGAAAUUAA